AUGGCUAGGAGGGAGGGAGGGAGUGUGGUGCCCUCUCAUGGCUGGAGAGAGAGAGAGGGUGGUGCCUCUCAAUGGCGAGAGGUGCCCUCUCAAGGCUGGGAGAGAGGUGGAGGGUGCCUCUCUUGGACAAUGCUGGGAGGAGAGGGUGGUACCUCUCAUGGAGGAGAGGUAGGUGCCUCUCAAUGGCCGGGAGGAGGUGCCCUCUCUUGGUUGGGAAGUGGCCUCGGCACGACGCAUUCAUCAUUUGCUCGUGGCAUUGACUAG